GCACAUCGUGGAUUCUACGGAUUCAAAUCCAUCUACAGCAGACCUGUGAGCAAUGUGACAGUUACUCUAUCCAGUCUACCAGGCGAUGGGAUGGCGUUUGUGUGGCUGCAAGCCAAACCCAACGAAGCAAAUGGACUAGUGGAAAUCUUUUGCGGCCAAAGUCUCCAGGACCUUCUAGAUCGCAUACGCCAUCAGUUUGAGUCAAGGCAUCGAGAGGAAACGAAGAAACAAGCAGACGAUGAUGACAUCAGCAAGAUCGAGGAUGAAGAAGAGAACAACAAUAACACAAGCACUCUGCCAGCUGCACAUAGCACACAGACCCUCAAUUCUGAUCUAGCUGCUAUCGUCGGUGGCAUUGUUGUUGCUGGUUUUAUCCUCAUCGCCGCCGUCAUCAUAGCUCUUGCCCUGCACUGUAGACGCAUGAGGCGAGAGAAACUUGCUGCUAAACCUCUGGAGAUGUACCCGGCUGUGAACUCUGAACCCUUGGACUUGGCCUCCUAUUGCCGGUAUGACUACGACGACGAUCACCUCUGCUCUAUAAAUAGAUCACCCAAAAAGAUGGCGGCGCUGGCGGACGAGGAGGACAGAGAACAUCGACGUCAUCUACAAGGUCACUCUGACGAUGACUCCGACCCGGCCGCUGCUCACUUGCGUCCUAACGGCUUCGUCACCGUGGCAACCACGGAAGAUUACCACCUCCACCGGGACCCCACGCCCAGCCCACCCUUCCCUGCAGGCCUGUCCACCCCUCCCCCGUCAGCCCAGAACCAACCGCUACUGUCAGCCGGCGGGAAGACGUACAGAGAAGUGCACUACCCGGGGGACCUGUCUCUGAGGUUUGUCAAGCCCAUCGUCAAAGAGGACCCGAACCAAGGCGAUGGAGGUCAAAACACGAACACUAUGAAUACUAACGGAGUGUACAGCUACAACUACAACCCCUACCCACCCCCACCGCCCCCUGUCGGCUUCGAACACCAGGGGCACACCACCCUUCCCGCCAACAGGAAAGCUGUGCUCAUCAACACUGGACCGAAAAGCCCCUUGGGAAAACGCAGCAAAAGCGUGACCUUCUCGCAGCCCGUGGCCAUGGUAACGCCCUUGAACUCCGAGUCAGAGGAGUCGAUGGAAAGUGGAAGUUUGAAGCAGCAGCAGCCUCCGCUCAAGCAGCAGCAUUAUGACGACGAGGAAGAGCCGAAUUACGACAAUCUGAACCAACUGGACAUCCCUGACAGUCCCGUGAUGCCCGGGAAACCGGAGCUAAUUAAAAUCCCACGUUGGGACAAGGAAUACAGAGAAGAAAGUCCUAUGAGGCCGCUAUCCACUUUCCAGAACAGCCCGAGCCCACCACCUCACGAGGUCAAGGUCAUUAUCGCUCCGCCUCCAACUGACCUGAACCUUCAGCCACAGCUCGACGACCACAAGUCUGGUUCUGCGCCGCCAUUUUGGUCACCAACGAAGCAAACGGGAAAACCGAUGGUCAUGCCUAAACCUCAGAAAGCACAUCUUUAUGAGACAGGGGUUUAAGUGCUACGAAGAACCGACAUGCCAUCCCUUGAUCUUCUUCCGUGACCUCGUCAAAAAAGGCGAACCCGGGUUGUCUUUUCGUUUGAAGGUUCCCUUUGAAGGACUCGCCCAAACAAGGCGGACAUAGGGUUGUCUUGUUGUAUGAACGAUCACUUUGAAGGACUCGCCAAACCUAUUUGAGGGAUUGUAAUGCGUGCAUACCCUCAAAAAGCGAUACACAGAAUAUAGAGGCAUAACUGCAAUGUUUUCGAACAUACAUAACUAUUUUGUGACUUAUAUCGCUCUGUACAUCUUAAGAAACUAACCAGCUGCCAACAACAACAGUCGUAUGACAUCAACAAUAACGGUAUCGUAGUAGUAGUAGUAGUAGUAGUAGUAGUAGUAGUAGUAGUAGUAGUAGUAGUAGUAGUAGUAGUAGUAGU